AUGCGAGGGGUUCCCAUCUUCGUGGGCACACCCGCUCAGGCCUUCUCGAUGAUGGCACAACCCUUCUACAACGACACCUGGAUAUACAACUCCAGCGCCGCAUUUUGCAACGAUCUCGACCGCUUCCCAUUGAUGACUGGAUGCCUUACGCAACGUGGAGGCUUGUACGAUGCAUCUUCCUCCUCGACGAGCUCCUCAACGAUGAGCGUACACGAUGCCGGUGGAGAUCCAACGGACCUCAAGAAUGUCAUUGGGCAAAACGUGCCAUACAACACUUUCGUCACGGACGCAUUGUCGGUUGGACAGACUGCGUUUGAUCCAUACCCCAUUGGCAUGCCCGGGUUGAGCCUCAAUCAGUACCUCAACAACCAAGCGGCGAUGGGCCUUGGACCGAACUCGACCCUGCUAAAUUUUCUCAUUGACGCCGGCACGAUCGCCUCUCGCUCUUUCUCGUGGUGGUGGGGUGAGACUGGUGCGACUACUUCGAACCAAAUGGACGGCCAGAUCGUCCUGGGGGGCUAUGAUGCAGCGAAAGUCCAUGGGGUGAACUACACUCAAGAGCUUGCACCGCCUUCUCAGGCCUGCCACUCUGGCAUGGUCGUGACCAUUUCAGACAUCUCUCUUGGGUUUCCAAACGGCACAACGUCCAGUAUCACGGUCCCAACGUCGCUUACGGCAUGUCUGCUACCACACUAUCCCUUAAUUGCAUACUUCCCGCAGACACCUUACUACGAUAACUUUGAGGCGUACACAGGCACGAGGGCAACUGGUCGUGGUGGUGGUGAUGGCAUCACGUUUGGUGGCAUGUUAUAUGAGCCUGACGAAGUAUUCCAGGGCGAUCUCAUGAUCACUUUGGACAACAACUUCCACAUCACGAUACCGAACUAUCUUCUCGCCGUACCUCCUACGAGCGUCACACAGGAUGGAUCACUGUUCACUAACCAAUCAGCCAGCGAAAUACUGCUCGCGCCGAAUGUGGGAAGCAAUUCCAACGAUCUCGCAAUCUUAGGCCGACAUUUUUUCCAAGCUGCAUACCUUACUGUCGAUUACGACUCGGGGGUGUUCACAAUCUCGCAAGCUAAAGCAACGACCGAUGCUGCCCUGGUCUCCUUAGACAGGUCAUGCCUGUCGCCUGACGAAAGCUCGAAUUCGAUCUCGUCCAACAAUCCUGAGCCUUCCUCGAAGAACGACGAGCCUCCACCGGACAGCGCUGAGUCUUCGUUGAACCGUUCUGAUCCCACAUUAUCACCUGGUGCUAUAGCAGGAGUGGCGAUAGCGAGCGUGGUCACAAUAGCUCUCGUUGCUGUUGCGGCAGUGUGGUGCGUCCGCCGACGCAAGAGAAGUAAUGGACAAGCGAGCGAGCACCUGUCCAAAGAAGAUCCGGCAGAUUCUCCAGAACAUUCGGCAGCUUUUUACGAAGCAAGACAGUCAACUUUGCAAGAAAUGGCAGGCAUGGCUGAUCCGGGAGAACUGGAUGGUAAAGACGAACCAUUGGAGCUAUCUGCAGAGAACGAGAUGGAAUCAAGACAUUGGCGUAGUGUUCGAGGAGUAGGGUCGCCGAGAGAGCUAGCGUGA